CUGGAACAAAGUGGGAGUGGUCCCCUGGGCCUGCCUGCUUCCAGCGCAGGGCAGGGCUCAGUCACCAGGCAGGCACUUGUUGUAGCAACGGUCUCCGGGGGCCCAUCCUGGGGAGCAGAACUGCUAACAGGAAAGAUGGGGGAACCAGAGUCUCCAGCCCCUCCAGUCCCCCAGGCUGCCCCAGGCCUCCUGGACAGCCACUCUGAGAUGAACAACUACCGGCGGGCCAUGCAGAAGAUGGCAGAGGACAUCCUGUCACUGCGGAAACAGACCAGCAUCCUGGAGGCAGAGAACCGCAUGCUGAGAAGCCAGCUGGCCCAGAAGGAGGUAGAAGAGGAGUCAGCCAGCCCCGACAAGGCCCAGAACCUGGCAUCCAUGAAGCAGAAACUGCUGCUGAGUGAGCUGGACAUGAAGAAGCUGAGGGACAAGGUGCAGCGUUUGCAGAAUGAACUGACUCUAAAGAAUGAUCGAGAAAAGGAGCUGCUCCUCCUACACCAGGCUCAGCAGCCACAGGCUGCGCUGCUGAAGCACUACCAGGACAAGCUGCAGAAGAUGAAGGCGCUGGAGGAGACCGUGAGGCACCAGGAGAAGGUGAUCGAGAAGAUGGAGCAAGUGCUGGAGGACAAGCUGCGCAAGAGGAGCAAGCACCUGCAGGACAAGCCGCAGGGAAAGCCCAGCAUGCCCUUCCCCACGCUCUCAGCCUCUGGCCUUCCCCUGGGUCCUACGGGUGAGAAUCUGCCUGUUGACGUCUACUCAGUGCUGCUCACGGAAAACUCGAGACUGCGGGCAGAGCUGGAUAAGAACUGCCACGAGUCGGCCCCCAUCAUUCUGCAGUCGCAGGCCCUGCCGGUGGACCCUGGGGAGUUGGGAGCAAGAGGAGACCUGGCAGAGAGCCUGCAAGAGACAGAAGCCCCGGGCCACUCCAGCACCCUGCCCGCACAGGAUCUCCUUGCCAGUAAUUCAGACAAGUUUAACCUCCUGGCCAAGCUGGAACGAGCUCAGAGCCGGAUCUUGUCCCUGGAAAGCCAGUUAGAGGACUCAGCUCGGCGCUGGGGACGAGAGAAGCAGGACUUGGCCACACGGCUGCAGGAACAAGAAUAUGGUUUGCGGCACCCUUCCAACAUGGUCGCCACAGACAUGCCCGUGAGUGAUCCCCAUGGGGGAGCUUCUUGGGGCUCAGGUGGUGAGUCUGGCAGCCACCCCACCUCCAGAGUCACUAGACCCUGAGAAAAACUGUCCAGGCGAUCCUGCUUCCUGGCUGGUAGUCAGAAGACCCAGGCUCAGCUUCUGCUCAGUUACCAGCUGAAGCUCUUGCCCCAUCUCAAUGCCCCUAGUCUAAGGGGCAGUGAAUCCUGCCAAGACAUGUCCUCCCCUUCAGGUAGUGAUGAGUAUCACCAAUGAGGUGGCUGUGGUUGACAGGUUGCCCACAGGGCAUUUCUCGAAUGCCCUGGCACUGGCUGUACCUUAGGACUGGAUUUGCUCAUGGGCAGAGUAGCUGUGGCCCCACCCCACCGCACAGUGCCUAAGAUUCCCCCGUGAACAUGCCUUUCUCGGACAAGUGCAGUGCUGCAGACCUGCCAGAGAUGGGAUCGUGCUGCCAGAGAGAAACCUCGCCAGCUUCCCAAGAACAAAUAGGCCUCUCAAGCUCAGCCCUGGGCCACCCAGCCCCACAAAGCAAACCCCCUGAUUGCUCCUGCUCUUGAAUUAUCAAUAUUUUGCUUCUUUUCUGGCUCCUGACCAGAUCUGAAAAGGAUGGGGGGCUGGGGGGUGGGAGGAAUACCGGGCUACCUUAGUAGACUCACCCACUGAGCCCUGGAGACUCUGGGAAAAAUUAGGUAUGACCUACUGUGGUUAAAUGAGUUUGGAAAUAUUUGAGAAGUUAUGACCCACUGGAUUUCGGAUUGUCUGAGGCAUGACUUUCCAAGAAAGAUGCAUUUUAUUGACUCAUUCCUCUAGGGGCAGGGGCAUACUCACUUCAUCUCGCUUUGCCACCACAGAACCCUUCCAAGGACCAAACGCAACCCUCCAAGUUGGACCCCUUGAUGCCCAGCUCAGAGACUAAGCUCAACAAGCUCUCGAAAUCUCAACAGACUGACUCCUAGCAGGCCACCCGCUCUGCGUGCUGGAGUCUCAGCCCCACCCCCUUAAAAUGACUUUAUUAAAUGCUGUAUGUCAGUGAGCAUCCACGCCUUUCCCAGAGCAGGGCAGCUUGGGGUACCUAAGCUUCCUCCUUCCACACCCCACUCUGGGUCUGGGCCCUCUGCUGUAGCCCUAUAGCCUCCUGCCUGUCCCAGGAGCUACCCUCUUUAGAGAGUCAAAUGCCAUAGUGGACUCAGGACAGGGGUGGGCAGGGAAAAGGAAGAGGCCUUUCAAAGCAGGAACCAGGGAGACAAGUCCCAUUCAGACCUCCAAAAGAAUUGAGACCACCAGAGGUCAGCUGGUAAGAGAGGCUGGGAUUUUCUACUUGCCCUUCAACAUGUAUCAUAUCUAAAAUCCUUUA